AUGAUUGGAGUGGUGAAGGAGAACGGGUACCAUUUUGAUAGUCCUGAGACAUCACCACUACUUCCCUCAGUGCAUACUCCAGUGUCAUACGACUAUGUCCUGGUCGCUAAGACAGUGGAUGAUCCGGAGAAAGAUACCUUCAAGAUGCAAGAGGCCUUUAUCGAGAAACUAAAGAUGAAGAACUUGAAGAUAACAAAAAUUAUAGACGACACUGUUGUCUUCUACGGUAUCCAAGCUCCAAAUGAAGUGUUUGAGAAGUACAGGUAUCUACUGAAGGUGUCUGAUGCCUGCAACUGGAGUGAACAGCAGGGAAGUGUCCCUCUUUCCACCAGGAUCCGCAUUGUUCACUUUAUCCUGAGUCAUGUCUUCCUUAAUACAGGAGAGAACCUGUUUGAACUCUUGAAGAAGAAAGUGUUUGAAGCAAAGUUCUGCCUGCAUGAGGUAAAGACAGAACUGAGGAAAAGUUGGGCCAGAUGGACUGCCUGUCUCCGGGGACAACCAAUCAAUGAUGUCAGGAACUACUUUGGAGAGAAGGUGGCUCUGUACUACCUGUGGCUGGGCUGGUACACCCUUCUGUUGGUCCCUGCAGCUCUGUUAGGGGUCGUUGUCUUCCUCUACGCGCUGGCUUUCUACAACACCUCGCCACUUAUAAAGGAGGUGUGUGAGUCUAACACGAUCAUGUGUCCGCUGUGUGACAAGAGAUGCAAAGUGUGGCUACUCAGCGAUACCUGCCUCUACGCCAAGGUCAGCAUCCUAUUUGACAACGAGGGGACGGUUAUGUUUGCCAUGUUCAUGGCAGUAUGGACCACCUUGUUCCUGGAGUUCUGGAAACGACACAGAGCCUCCUAUACAUGUGAAUGGAAGGUGUUCGACUGGUGUGAGGAGGAGGAGGAGCUGAUCCUGGAGAUAGUGAACAAUGCAGAAUGUGCGCCUAAGGAACACAAGCACUCCUACCUACGCAGCACCCUGGUCCUCAUCCUGGUCACUCUUAUACUGCUGCUGAUCAUCGGCCUGGCCCAUGCCCUGGUGGUGUUCCGGGUGGUUGCCACGGUGAUGUUGGCUGAAGGAUCAUGGGAGUUCCUGAGUGACCACUCCAACACGGCCGCUGUGAUACUAGGAGCAGUGCUACACUACUUCACCAUCACCAUCAUGACACGGGUCAACAGGAUUGUGUCGCUGAAACUCUGUGAUAUAGAGGAGAAUCAGUCGUUUGCUGCCUCUGAGAGAAGCUUCACUGUCAAGAUGUUCACCUUCCAGUUCUUCACCCUCUUCUCCUCUCUCUUCUACGUUGCCUUCUUCCUGGGCAGGAUAAAUGGACACCCCGGUGGCUACGUGCGGAUAGCAGGGAAGUGGAGGCUGGAGGAGUGCCACCCCAGUGGCUGCCUCACAGACCUUUUCAUCCAGAUGGCCAUCAUUAUGGUUCUGAAACAAACGAUCAGCAACGUCUUUGAGUUCGGAGGCCCCUGGUUCAACAGGUGGCUAAAGAGGCGGAGGACUAAGAAGCUACAGAGGAAGUGUGCCCACUGUUACAAGAAGGCAGACCAACAGACCAAUCGGUGGGAAGAGCUGUGUGAGAUCUGCAAGCUCAGUGAUUGGCUAAGAAACUACCGUCUCAACGACGUGAACUCUUUCAGUCUCUUCAAUGAGUUCCUGGAGAUGGUUCUCCAGUUCAGUUUCACCACCAUCUUUGUGGCGGCGUUCCCCUUGGCUCCCCUGCUGGCCUUAAUCAACAACAUCAUAGAGAUACGUCUCGACGCCAUCAAGAUGGUCAGUUUGGAGCGCAGGAUGGUACCCAAGAAGACCAACGACAUCGGUGUAUGGACAGAUGUGUUGGAGGCCAUCGGUGUGUUGGCAGUCAUAGCCAACGGCCUGGUUAUUGGGAUAUCUUCAGAUUUCAUCCCCCGCCUUGUAUACCGCUACAAUUAUGGACCAUGUGCCAAUGGAACAGUCACGGAUAUGGAUUGCAUGACCGGCUACAUCAACAACAGCCUGUCCACAGUGUACAUGAACGACCAGAGAAUCUAUAAUGAGUUCUCACCGGACCAGAUGGUGACGCCUAGCGGACAGAACGUCUCCUACUGCAGUUAUAAAGAUUAUAGAAGUAAUGAAGACUACAGCUUGACUCCUCAGUUCUGGCUCAUUUUAGCCGUGCGCUUUGCUUUUGUCAUCCUAUUUGAGCAUGUGGUGGUCAUAUGUAAGUUCAUCAUCGCCUGGUUUGUUCCCAGCGUUCCCUUGGAUGUUAAGAAUCAAAGGCUCUUUGAUAAACUCAACAGGUUGAAGGAAGAGCUCAGAAUUAAAGAAUGUACUUGUGGUCCUUACAGCUCAUCGGAGACCCUCUUCCAGGACGAUAAGGACCCCAUGCUCACCCUAAACCCAGACUACCUGGACUGUCGCCCUGACCCAGACCCUGCAGGAGACAUGGGACUGCCUGGCAUUGUGUCCUUGGACCUAAAGCAUAUUGGAUUGGGAUAG